GGAGCGCGGGUGCCUUGGAAACCGCAGCCAUGGCCGCCCCCGGGCAGGUGUGCCGCCCCGCCCCGCGCUUGGGACAGGCGGUCUCGACGGAGUCGUCCAUCACCGCCAGGACGCCAGUGCCCGUCGUGUUUCCCGUGUCCCUCGACCUGCCCGUCUCUCCGGGGCAGGCUGUGGAGCUGCCCGGCAGGAACCUGUGGGAGCAGAUCUGCGAGGAGUAUGAAGCUGAGCUGCCUCCCUUUCCAGAAGGAUAUACAGUCAAACAGGAAGCUGUGGUCACUGUGUCGCCGUUGGAGGAAACGGUUUUCCACGGCUUCAACGCGGAACACCUCUAUCCGGCUCCUCGUCUAGCCGUGCUCUCACAAGUUCCCUGUCCUCAACCUAAACGGGAAACAGUCGACCCAAAAACAUGUUCCCCCAAAGAAUAUUUGGAAACGUUCAUCUUUCCAGUUCUGCUUCCCGGAAUGGCUAGCCUGCUUCACCAAGCAAAGAAAGAAAAAUGUUUUGAGAGGAAAAGAACCAAAUUCAUUGCCUGUGAUUUUCUGACCGAAUGGUUGUACAAUCAAAAUCCAAAGAGGGUAGGGGAGCUGUUCACGGAAUUCUUCUCCAUUCCAUUCGUGGAAGAGUGGCUGAAACUUCACCCACGGCCGGCAAUCCCACUCUCCCUCCUGCUGACGGAAUCCGCAGCAGCGCUCUGCAUUCAGUCCUUCUGGAGAGCCUAUCUGGUUCGCUGUGAUCCUGAGAUUCAAGAAUUGCGUCAGUGGCAGAAGAAACUGCGUGAGGACAAGCACAUUCGCCAGCGAGUUCAAAUUUUCUGGGCCAAACAAGAACAAAAAGUGAAAUGCAAAAUGGAGGAUGAGGAAGAGGCUGCAGCUAAGGCUCCACAACAUUAACAGCUGUCGAUAUCUUUCCCCGUCUGAGCUCUCCAAUUACCCCACUCGAGGAAAAUGAUCAAUUAUGUCUCCUCUAUUGUGCUUUCUUGAAUGACUAGAUUUGGUGCAUUCGGAUAAGAAUCUUUUGUUGCAAACAUGUUUUAGUGCAAAUAGUUUAUCAUAAGAAAGUACUAAUUUUAAUUUUCUGCCCUUUCCCCCAAUUUUAUUCUUUCAUCCAUAUAUUUCUUCAGUGCUUCAAGAGUAUUCUGCUACACCAACCACUGCUAAAAUGUACAACGAACUCUGGUUCUAAGAGAUGUUGAAGUGUUCUAGUUACCAGUUUCCCACUUUUGGCAGCCUUUGCAAAGAUCCAUAUUUAUAAUAAAGUCCCAAACCUCUGCAGUGGGUUUUCAGUUUAUCUGGUGAGUACUCUUUUUAUAAAAAAGAUAUUAUUGCCUGUAAUCAUUUCCCAAGGAGACUGACCCUUAACUUUGACCGCAACAAGAUAAGACACUUAAAUCCCGACAACCACAGAUAAAGAAUUUUUGUUGUCUAGGUCCCAAAGUAUUAUGGAAGUUCCUUGUUUUGUGGGUAAACUGACUUAUUACCCUCAAUUGCUCUGCAGUUUGCUGUUAACCAGGAUUCUCCCAUUCAAAAUGCCACAGACAUAGCCUCCGGGCAGAUCUGAAAGCCAAGUAGCUGUAUUGGGUUGUUUUGACACGCUACCACACGUCUUAAGUAAAUAGUAAAGCCUUUAUUUUUUUGUGUUAAGAACAGCAUUUUGAAAAUAAAACCUAUCUGCCCAUGCUUUACAACCUUUUAAAUUUGUAAUAUUUAUAUACAGUCAUUUAUGGUACACAUUGAUUGUCUUGAAGUUUCUUUUAAUGGUUUUUUUUUUUAAGUAUGCAACAGUCAGCCAGGGGAGGAUAAAGGUACAUUA